AUGUCCAGGAGAAAUGUGAGGGUUGCACAUCCUUUUCCCCCAGCGACACAAGAUGGAUUUUUCCCCGGGCUGCCUGCUCCUCACCAACCCUCCCAAAAUGAUCCCUUUUCCACCCCUGACCUUUCUGCCUUCCUAGGCUACCUUGUUCUGCGGGAUCUGGGCAUCCAGGUGGAGAAAUACAUCGCUUCGGAGAUCUGCGAGGACUCCAUCUCAGUGGGCACCGUGCGUCAUGAAGGAAACAUCCGAUACGUGCAUGAUGUCCGGAACAUCACCAAGAGACACAUCGACAAAUGGGGUCCCUUCGAUUUGGUGAUUGGCGGAAGUCCCUGUAACGAUCUCUCCAUCGUAAACCCCGCCAGAAAAGGUUUGUAUGAAGGGACCGGCCGGCUCUUCUUCGAGUUCUACCACCUCCUGAAUUACACCCGUCCCAAAGUUGGAGAAGACCGGCCGUUCUUCUGGCUCUUCGAAAAUGUGGUCUCCAUGCGGGUCAACGACAAAAGGGACAUUUGCCGCUUCCUGGAGUGCAACCCGGUGAUGAUCGAUGCAGUCAAAGUAUCUGCUGCGCACAGAGCCAGAUAUUUUUGGGGCAACCUGCCAGGAAUGAACAGGAUCUUUGGCUUCCCCCUCCAUUACACCGACGUGUCCAACAUGGGCCGCCUGGCACGUCAGAAGCUGCUUGGGAGGUCCUGGAGCGUCCCCGUCAUCCGCCAUCUCUUUGCCCCCCUGAAGGAUUAUUUCUCCUGCGAUUAGGCCGCAGGGGGCCCUGCGGU